UUGUGUGUUGUUUAACAAAAAUUUCGGCUUACAGAUUUUUAGUUUAAUUUCGGCUUCUAAAUUCGGUCAAAAAAACUGUGUGAAAUGGAUUCCUCUAAUAAAAAUAUUGAAAAGGAAAGAGAUGAUGUGACCAUUGAUAGCCUUGAGGAAGUAGAGGACAGUGAUGUUGAUUGUAAAACCAAUUACAGUGAGCUGAUUCUUCAAAAUAUGAAACAAAUCAGAAGUCGCAUAGCUAAUAUGGAAACUCAGAUGCAGAAACUAGAUGAACGGGUUAUGGAAUUGCAGGUAAAACAAGAAAAAGAGAUGGCUGAGACGCAAGAACCACCCAAAUUAACUACAUUGGAAAAAAUCCAACAAGCAAUUGAUCAAAAGAGACCGGUCGAAAUACCGCUGUUGAUCCAAUUGCUUAAAGAGCAUGGUGUAAAUGCCUAUUCUUCAAAACACAGUGAUGCAAAUAGAAAAGGCAUAAAUGAGGCAGAGCUUCGUGCACGAGAGAUUAUUAAAAUGUACAAAUUAUAAGUUCAUUUUAUGGAAGUGUUAUGUUUUACUGUGUGGGAUUCAAGAUUCUGAUUUUUCUGGAAAUUAAAAUUGACUACUUUUGAAGACGAAAUUAACUAAAACUAAAUUAUAAAUAAAUAUUGAGUACUAACUCGAAAUCAACAAA